AUUUAAACACAUAAAGCCUUUUCAACCGCGUUGGCAAAUUGGCGUUCAGAAGAACAAAAAUCCCUUUCCCUUUCAAAAUCCUCUCAUCUUUACUUCAAUCUCCUUUUUGUUUAGAACCUGAAAAAUCAAUUCUACUACUCGAUUCAGUUCAUCCAUAACCUAAUUCCCUGCUUAAUUUGUUUCAGAAUUGAAUUCUGGCAACCGCCAUUCUCCCGUGGAGUGGAGGUGUAUCGAUCUCCGGUUUUUCGUUUGUGCUUCUUUUGAAUCUUAUUUGCUGCUUGGAGUGGAGCUGGUGAUGAAAUAUUUUUACUCGGUUUUGCAAUUCUGUUUGUGCCCUAACUAAACUGCUUCUUGUUGUUGUUGUUGUUGUUGUUGUUGUAUACUCCUUGUGUUGUUAUUUUAUUGUAUGAAGAGGUUUUGGGUGUGAGAUAAAGGUAGAAGGUUUGGAUUCUUUAACUAAUGUCCGUGGAAAGAUCAUUUGAAGCGUGGGAGGAGGUGCAGAGGCAUGGUCAGGAUUUGGCGGAUCGUCUUGCUCAGGGUUUCACGGGAUUGAUUCAUUCUCAUAUAGCGCCGCCUUCUUUUUCUUGGCCCAAUCCUCCUAACUCUAAGCUUUUUGAUCUUGAAUUUCCGGGUCAAAGUUUUGGUAUCAAGGAUUAUGGGUUGACUGCUCAUAAUUCUGGAAUUAAUGGGGUUACAUCGAUUUUUGAUAUUGGUAAUAGGAUUGGGCAAGCUGGGGCCGAUUUUGGUGCUUGUUUGAAUGGAAUGGUACAACAGUUUUUUAGACAGCUCCCUGUGCCGUUUCGGCAAGAGGAGAAUGUGAUAGCAUCGAUUAGGAUGGAUCUGGAUAAGAGUUGGCAGAGGGAUGAUAUGGGAAUCGCUGUUCAAGGGAAUCUUGGAACAUUAACGGAGUGCUUGCGUAACUCUGAACUUGCUGAUAAGGAUGGUGUUUCAGAUGGGGCGGUUGAUGACGAAGCUUCUGGUUUUGAUUUGAGGGCUAUAGGAAAUCUCGGUAGGGCACAGGGCACGAUUAAUAUUUCUUCAACAUAUGAUAGUAGAUCACGAGAUGUGGAAAGUUCCUUAGUUGCUAGAGGAGAUUUAUGGAGAGUGGAGGCAUCACAUGGCAGAACCGCAACUGGAAAUGACAAUUCAUCUUUAUUUCUGCUGCAGCUUGGGCCAGUACUCUUUGUUCGCGACUCUACACUUCUUUUGCCUGUUCAUUUAUCAAAGCAACACUUGCUUUGGUACGGUUAUGAUAGGAAGAAUGGAAUGCAUUCUCUAUGUCCAGCAGUCUGGUCAAAGCAUAGAAGGUGGCUGUUUAUGUCAAUGCUUUGUCUCAAUCCCCCAGCUUGUUCCUUUGUUGAUUUACAGUUUCCCAACGGGCAGUUGACUUAUGUGUCGGGUGAAGGUUUAACUACAACGGCAUUUCUGCCCUUUUGUGGAGGCCUCCUUCAAGCUCAAGGUCAAUGUCCAGGAGAAAUGAAAUUCAGCUUUUCAUGCAAGAAUAAGUGGGGAACCCGAAUAACACCGAUAGUGCAACUGCCUGACAAAUCAUUUACUUUGGACCUUGCUCAAUCAUUGGCUUGGAAGAGAUCAGGUCUUCUGGUGAAACCAACUCUCCAGUGCAGUUUGAGUCCCACUUUUGGUGGAAGCAAUCCUGGGUUCCGUGCUGAAAUUGUUCAUUCAGUGAAGAAACAUCUCAAUCUCAUGUGCGGCUGUUCUUUCAUUGCCCACCCUUCUGCAUUUGCUUCAAUUUCUAUCGGCAGGUCAAAGUGGAAUGGAAACGUUGGGAAUUCAGGGAUAGUUGUAAGAGUUGAUACUCCACUCUCAAAUAUUCGUAGAACUUCCUUCUCUGUUCAGAUAAAUACUGGGAUUGAGUGUUGAUCUUAAGAAACAUGAGUUUUUGGUAGUUUUCAAGUGUAUAUAUAGUCUCAAAACUGUUUUCUGUUUACUUACACGAUGGAUGAAUAUCUAUUAACUAUGAUUGAGGCCAUCGUCUGUAAAUUAUGACAUGUCCUUUUCUUGUUUGUUCCCUACUAGUAAAGCCAGUUUCUGCUUCUAUUUUUUACAAAUAAAUAGAAAUGCCCGUUAGGCUA